AACCCGAUUUACUGUUGACAUUUAAACAUAUUGUGUAUUUGACAAAAGCGUACAUGCGGAUUAUAGGACGUCCAAAGGACUUCCACCAUUAGUAUAAUGGAUGUACGACUGCCAUUUUCGGGCGUAAUUUACGACCGGACGUCCACUAACGGAAGCUCUGGUACAACUAUUGACAGUGGCUUCAAAAGUACCCUGUUGAACGGUACCAUCGGUGGACCAAAUCCAUUUGCAUUUCCACCAGUUCUUGAUGUUCCCCCGACCACCCUGCCCUUUGUGUUCCCCCCUGACUUUCAGGCCCAGGCACCACCGCCCGUGCCCGCCCCAGUGGAGUUUGUCUGCCCGACCCGUCCCAACCAGGGCACAGAGGGACGACCCAUCGCACUGAGGGCCAACCACUUCCAGGUCCGCAUACCCAAGGGGUUUAUCCACCACUAUGACAUUUCCAUCACACCUGAUAAGUGUCCCCGCCGUGUGAACAGGGAGAUUAUCGAAACCAUGGUGACAGCCUACCAACAGAAGAUUUUCCAAGGCUCAAAACCUGUGUUUGACGGGCGCAAGAACCUGUACAGUCGUGAUCCGCUACCCAUUGGAAAGGAAAAGAUUGAGUUGCAAGUAACGCUACCAGGCGAGGGGAAAGACCGCGAGUUCACCAUUGUGGUGAAGUGGCUGGCCCAGGUGUCCCUGUACGCGCUAGAGGAGGCGCUGGAGGGCCGGGGUCGCGCGAUCCCCUUCGAGUCUGUACAGGCCCUGGAUGUCAUUAUGAGACAUCUGCCUAGUCUGACCUAUACGCCUGUGGGUCGCUCAUUCUUCUCCCAGCCCGAGGGUUAUGACCACCCCCUAGGCGGGGGCAGGGAGGUGUGGUUUGGCUUCCACCAGAGUGUGCGCCCCUCCCUGUGGAAGAUGAUGCUCAACAUCGAUGUUUCGGCGACGGCGUUCUACAAACAGCAGCCGGUGAUUGAGUUCAUGUGUGAGGUGCUGGACAUGAAGGACACGUCAGAACAGAAGAGGCCCCUUACUGACUCACAGAGAGUCAAAUUCACAAAAGAGAUCAAAGGUUUAAAAGUGGAGAUAACUCACUGUGGUACAAUGAAGCGAAAGUACCGAGUGUGUAACGUCACGCGGCGACCUGCACAGACCCAGUCGUUCCCUCUACAGCUGGAGUCCGGUCAGACGGUGGAGUGCACGGUGGCGCGCUACUUCCUGGAGCGCUACAAGAUGAAGCUGCAACACCCACACCUGCCCUGUCUGCAGGUUGGACAGGAGCAGAAACACACCUAUCUGCCACUGGAGGUGUGCAAUGUGGUUGGAGGUCAGCGCUGCAUCAAGAAGCUGACAGACAACCAGACCUCCACCAUGAUCAAGGCUACGGCCCGAUCAGCUCCGGACAGAGAAAAAGAGAUCAACAACUUGGUCCGCAAAGCGAACUUUAACUCGGACCCGUAUUUGCAAACGUUCGGCAUCAGCAUUGUGCCGCAGAUGGUUGACGUUCACGGCCGCGUCCUAAACCCCCCCAAGAUCCAGUACGGUGGGAGGGUAGGUGACAGCAGUCUGUCAAGUAAAGCCCAGGUGGUGCCCUCUGACGGUGUUUGGGACAUGCGGGGCAAACAGUUUUACAGCGGGAUCGAGAUCCGCGUGUGGGCGAUUGCGUGUUUCGCCCCGCAGCGUACGGUACGAGAGGACGCCCUCAGGAACUUCACCCAACAGCUCCAGCGUAUCUCCAAUGAUGCGGGCAUGCCCAUCCUGGGCCAGCCGUGCUUCUGCAAGUACGCGACGGGGCCAGACCAGGUGGAGCCCAUGUUCAGGUACCUGAAGAACACGUACCAGGGCCUGCAGGUUAUUGUGGUGGUGCUGCCAGGAAAGACACCAGUCUAUGCUGAAGUGAAGCGUGUGGGUGACAUAAUGUUUGGACUGGCCACCCAGUGUGUGCAGGCCAAGAAUGUGAACAAGACCACACCCCAGACACUCUCCAACCUCUGCCUAAAAAUCAACGUGAAACUCGGUGGAAUCAACAACAUCCUCUUACCCAGUAUACGACCCACGGUGUUUAGGGAGCCCGUGAUAUUCCUGGGCGCAGACGUCACACACCCGCCUGCAGGUGACGCCAGUAAGCCCUCAAUAGCAGCAGUUGUAGCAAGCAUGGAUGCCCAUCCGAGUCGCUACUCAGCCACAGUGCGGGUGCAACAGCAUCGGCAGGAGAUCAUCCAGGAGCUCUCGUCCAUGGUCAAGGAGCUGCUCAUUCAGUUCUACAAGUCCACGCGCUUCAAGCCCACACGCAUCAUCUUCUACCGAGACGGUGUGUCCGAGGGCCAGUUCAAUUCUGUCCUCUCUCAUGAGUUGCGUGCAGUGCGCGAGGCCUGCAUGAAGCUGGAAGGUGACUACCAGCCUGGCAUCACGUUCAUUGUGGUUCAGAAGCGCCACCACACGCGCCUGUUCUGCGCCGACCGCAAGGACCAGAUCGGCCGCAGUGGGAACAUCCCUGCAGGCACCACCGUGGACGUGGGCAUCACCCACCCUACUGAGUUUGACUUCUACCUGUGUAGCCAUGCUGGAAUUCAGGGUACCAGCAGACCAUCUCACUACCAUGUGCUGUGGGAUGACAAUCGGUUCUCUGCGGACGAGCUGCAGAUGUUGACGUACCAGCUGUGUCACACCUACGUGCGGUGUACUCGCAGCGUGUCCAUCCCAGCCCCCGCCUACUACGCCCAUCUGGUGGCCUUCCGCGCACGAUACCACCUUGUGGAAAAGGAACAUGACAGCGGAGAAGGCAGCCGUUACUCGGACAACAGUGAUGAUAGGGCGCCCUCUGUAAUGGCCCGCGCCGUCACAGUCCACCCUGAUACUGUCAGAUUCAUGUACUUUGCAUGAGCCAUAUUCUGUGCAAUAGACUUCUACUGUGAAUGCCUCCUUAUAGUUCUACGGAACGCCAAAUGAUCGACUUCAGAUGCCUUUUAAGUCUUGGAAUGAUGGAUUUUUUCAACACUUCUCAGUUCUCAUAACUUGGAAUGAUGUAUCCUAUUGAAUUCCUAUGUGUAGGCGCUGUUAAGGCCCUGGAACUUGAAAUGAUGGACUAGAUAGAUUGUUUUUUCACCUAUCAUUUGUCUUCAACCUUUUCAGGCUCAUAUUGGAGCAAUCAUAUUCUAAUAUCAUAUAAAUAUGAAGAUUUUAGUGGUCUUUUUUUUUGCUCACCUGGUUGUGCUCAUGGUGAGCUUUUGUGAUCGCCUUUUGUCCGUCGUGCGUCGUCAACAUUUUGCCUUGUAAACACUCUAGAGGCCACAUUUAUUGCCUGAUUUUCAUGAAACUUGGUCAGAACAUUUGUCCCAUUGAUACCUCGACUGAGUUCCAAACUGGGUCAUGCUGGGUCAAAAACUAGAUCACUAGGUCAAAAAAAAGGAAAACCUUGUGAACACUGUAGAAGUCAUAUUUGAUGCCCAAUCUUCAUGUAAUUUUGUCAAAAUGUUUGUCUUAAUGAUAUGUUGGUUGAGUUCAAAAGUGAUUCUGGUCCGUUGAAAAACAUGGCCGCCAGGGGGCGGGGCAGUAUUCCUUAUAUGGCUUUAGAGAAACCUUGUGAACACUCUAGAAGUCACAAUUUUUGCCCAAUCAUCAUGAAACUUGGUCAAAACACUGGUUUCAUUGAUAUCUCGGACGAGUUCGAAAAUGGUCCAGAUCGGUGAAAAAACAUGGCUGCCAGGGGGCGGGGCAGUUUUCUCUCUCUAUAUAUAGUGAAAACAUGUGAACCCUCUAGAAGUCACAUUUUUGGUCCAAUGUUCAUGAAAUUGGGUCAGAACAUGUGUUUUCUAGAUAUGACGGUUGAGUUUGAAAAUGGUUUGGAGCGAUAAAAAAGCAUGGCCGCUGGGGGGGGGGUCAUUAUCCUUAUAUUUAUAUAGUAAAGCAGCUUGUGAACACUCUAGUUUAGCAUGUCAAGGGAAUUAACUGCAAAAUGGCUAUUGAAAAAUUAUGUUGAAUUGACAGAGUUGUCUCCCUUUUUAAAAUAUUUUUUUUUAAGCACAAGAAGAUUAAGUGGAAUUUAUUAUAAAUGAUAGUUUUACAUUCUGGAAGAUAGCAAACUUUUGAAUAUGUUUUUUAUUGUGUGAUGAUUCUGUACAAUAUGGCAUUCUUUUGUCAAACGAUUAAAGCCAGACUGUACGAUUUUUAUAUGUGUUAAAUUGUAAUAUAUUGAUAAAUACAUGUUACAAUAACACAAAAUAGGCAAGACAUUGAAGACGAAUUUCGUAAAAUGCAGCAAAGACAAAUUAGCGCACCGUGACGAUGGUGACGAAGAUAUUUCGUACAUAUUAUCUUACAAUAACCGAAGAAUUUGUCUUUUUAUUAGGAUCGGAGUUAGUGUUUGUGUGUCGUAUGAAUAGACAUCAUUGCAGAAAUUUAAAAACAACCAUUAAACUAAAUUAAGAUUGACAUCGUACAUGCAUGAUAUACAUUCUGGCAAAUUCGACUUUACAGACAUUUUCGAUUUCAGAAUUAAGUAUCUGGCUUAUUUCGCAUUUUUCGACACAUGUUCUUCUCAACUUUUAUUUUAAAUUUAAUAUUGAAAUGUAUGACCUUGUUAACACUCUAGAGGUCACAUAUAUUUUCUGAUCAUCAUGAAACUUGGUCUGAAGAUUUGUCCCAUUGAUAUCUUGGAUGAGUUCGAAAAUGGUUUUUGUUGCUUUAAAAACAUGGCCACCAGGGGCGGGGCAUUUUUCCUUAUAUGGCUAUAUAUGGCUUUAGUAAAACCUUGUUAACACUCUAGAGGCCACAUUUAUUGUCCAAUCUUCAUGAAAUUUGGUCAGAAGAUUGGUCUCAAUGAUAUCUUGGAUGAGUUAGAAAAUAAUUAUGUUUGCUUGAAAAAAAUGGCUUCCAAGGGGCGAGGCAUUUUUCCUUAUAUGGCUAUAGUAAAAUCUUGUUAACACUCUAAAGGCCGCAUUUAAUGUCCGAUCUUCAUGAAACUUGGUCAGAAGAUUCAUCCCGAUAAUAUCUUGGAUGAGUUCAAAAAUGAUGCCGGUUGGUUGAAAAACAUGGCUGCCAGGGGCGAGGCAUUUUUCCUUAUAUGGCUAUAGUAAAACCUUGUUAACACUCUAGAGGCCACAUUUAUUUUCCGAUCUUCGUGAAACUGGGUCAGAAGAUUUGUCCCAAUAAUAUCUUGUUAUCUCAGGUGAGCGACUUUGGGCUUUUCAGGCAUCUUGUUUUUUAACAUUUUCGGAACCUAUUGGGGGUUAAUCAUGAAUUCCAAGGAAUAGGCUACAGGCUUUACAGAAAGUAAAUCCAUGAACAUUUUGAUGUAUGUUUUGAGGCAAAAUUAAGGCAAUAGGGUUUUCAGGGAAAUCACAAAUUAUGACAAAUAACAAAUGUGAAGAAAACAACACAUUCCUAUGAAAUUCUGGAUAAUUAAUAAUUUCUCUGAUCUUAUCUAUUUUUUUAAGGAUUAUUAUAAAAUCGGUGUGAAAUGUACAUAACAAUGAACCUUUUUAUGUUAAAGAGUUUAAUUAUUUACUUUAAAUUUUGUUUGACUCUACUACUGUUGGACAUUUUAUACAGUGAUCUAUUAACUAACUCAGAUUCCACUGGAUCUUAAAUUAACUGCAAUUAUAUUUUCAGAAAAACAUGUUGUUAUACUAUAUACUUGAAUAUCCAUUGACUAUUUCAUGUAAAACAUGCUUCUAUUGCAAUAAUCAAACAUGGUUUGCAAUAUUUAUGAGUAUCCGGUGGGGUAUAUAUCUGAGAAUGCUGUAGGAAAUGACCGUAUUAUUGUGUGUUGGUGUAUAAUUUUGUCCGUGUGGAUUUGCAAUACAGGUGGAAAUACCUACAUAAAAGCAAGCGGAGUUGAAUUACAUAUCAAUGUACCACUAAAGGUGUUUUUAACUUUUUACAACAUUAAGUUUAAGUUUUAAAUUAUGUAUGGUGCAUCAUAAAUUUUAAGUUUGUAACUUAUAUUAGCUGCAUCAAAGACUUUUCAGUUUGUUAUUUAUAUUUGCUGCAACAAUAUUAACAAAUGUUUAAAUGGUUUUUCUUCUUCAAUCUGUUUAUUAGAAUUAAAUUUUAUUUUGUUCAUUUUUAGCUCUGCGUUUUCGGAGAAAACCCGAGGUAUUGUCAUAGCCAGCUCAUCGUCCCCGUCGUGCUAAAACCUUAACAUUAGCUCUAAAAUCAAAGUGCUUCCACCUACAACUUUGAAACUUCAUAUGUAGAUGCACCUUGAUGAGUUCUACAUGCCACACCCAUUUUGGGGUCACUAGGUCAAAGGUCAAGGUCACUGACCUCUAAAAAAAAGAAAUUUUCACAAGCUUUCAUUUAUUCAAAACUGCACCCUUAGCCGAGCGUGGCACCCGCUAUGCGGUGCUCUUGUACCUUUGAAUAGUUGAAGCUACAUCUUUUGACCAGAAAUCAUGCAUAACAACUAGUUGCAUUAAAACUUGCCAUAAAGUCCAUUAAUUUAUCAUUAAAUGAUAUUUCUUUAGCCAUUUACAAUGUAUAUGCUUCUUUAGUAAAGAAACAUUUGCUAAUUUUGUAUUUGUUCCCAAACUAUUCCGAAUCAUAGCUAUAAUUGUUCAAGUCAUAGAAUGUGCAGUAUUUGCCUUCAUGUAGGCAGCUACUUGUUUUGAACCGUGUGAAUGUUUUAUAUGUGAUACAAAGUCUAAGUGAUAUAUGAGGUUGUGUGAUAGUGUGUGUUUUUGUGCACAUAAUUGUUUUAGAUGAAAUGAGCCGCGUUCUGAGAAAACUGGGCAUAAUGCAUGUGCGUAAAGUGUCGUCCCAGAUUAGCCUGUGCAGUCCGCACAGGCUAAUCAGGGACAACACUUUCCGUUUUAAUGGUAUAUUUCGUUUUAAGGAAGUCCCUUUUUACUGAAAAUCUAUUUUAAGAGGAAAGUGUCGUCCCUGAUAAGCCUGUGCAGACUGCACAGGCUAAUCUGGGACGACACUUUACGCACAUGCAUUUUGCCUAGUUUUCUCAGAACAAGACACAAAUGUUUAACGUUCUCCCUUAUCUCUUUAUGACUGAUGGAAUUUUAGUUAUGCAAUAACAACAAAAGAAUUGUUAUUUUUACUAAGUUUAUGAAUGUCUAUAACACUAAAAAUGUAUUGGUUUUGGGACAUUCUUUUUUAGGUGUUUUAUUUACGAACUUUUGACAUAUAUAAUGGUGACUCAAUCAAAAUCGAUGGCAUUUGUAUGCAGUUAAUAUAAUUUAAAAAAUAUGCCUAUAUAAUGUACCAGUAGUCAAACUUAGGGGAUGUAAUAUUCUUACUUUGUUGCUAAGAUACUGUAUUUGUUUACAUUCAAAGUGACUGGUGAAAUAAUGUUUAAUUAAAGGAACAUAUUUCACAGCUAGUUGCUGAAACAAAUUUCUAUACAGUCAGGAAAGUUUGCAAUCUAUAAAAAUUGUUCAGCUGUUUUGAUUGAAUUUGAGAAUGAUGCUUUUUUGUGUUAAGAAAAAAUUACUAUGGUUUCUUUUAGGAAGUAUAUUUAUCUCCAUUAAUAAAUUUAAAAAAACACCGUCUAAAAUUGAGAUUUGAUCAGUUAUCUUUCAAACAAAUAACAUAUACUAGUAAACACUUCAAUAGAAUAUUCAUUCAACAUGUAGAUUUGCAUUCAAACUGAGGUUAAAACUAUGUAAAACGAUCCCUGUGAUUAAUAAACAGUCACAAUACUGUAGACCUAGGGGCAUGAAUUCUCUUCCUUUUGCUGAUUUCCAACUCCUGAAUGCCAAGAUUGCUUACAUACAGCUCUUAAACUCACUGUGCAUAUUUUAAACUGGAGAGAUUUGGUGAAGCAAUUGAGGGGAGGCAGGGUAGAUUUUAUUGUCCUUCUCCUGAGGUGUAUGAAAAAUAGUGUCCCCUUACCCCAAGCUAAAACUGUAUGAAUCUGUGUCUUUAAUAAAUACACUCUAACACAACUGUAUGCAUGUGGGAUAAAAAUGUCCUUUAAUAAAUACACCGUAACACCACUGUAUACAUGUGUGAUAAAAUUCGCUUUAAUAAGUACACCGUAACACUUCUGUAAACAUCUGUGAUAAACUUCCAUAACAUAAUAAAUACACGGUAACACCACUGUAUACAUGUGUGCUAUCUAUCUUUCUGACACAAUCCCAACAUUUUAGUAGCGAAGGUGGAAGUAGCCGCAAUUCAUCAGACCAGGGUGAGGACCGCACUGUGGCCAACACAAUUGCUCGCACUGUCACCCUGCAUCCAGACACGAUGAAAGUCAUGUACUUUGCUUAAAUUGGGGGUCGUCUUGCGUCGGGUCGUUGCAGUUGGUUAAUUACAAAAGAAAAAUUACAUUGAACAGAAACAAAUUUGUUGAAUUUAGACUAAAUUCAAUGUGAAGCAUAUUUUGUAUUCAUCAAAUUUCUUAUUUAUUUAUUUUAAGUAAUGUUUUAUGCUUAAAUUGUUGGAUAUUUACAGGGUUAGAGUUGCACAAGUUCUAAAUAGUUAGACUCUUAUAAUUUUUACUAAGCAUUUCUUGGAAAGAGAUGUUAUUCCUCAAAGAAAAAUAUUACCAACAGUAAAAGUUUAUGUAAUUUUUUUGUAAUACUGGCUGGCACAUUACAUGUAUAGGCUUUUGUUCCUGAGGUAACAAAAACUGAAUGUGAUUUGUGAAUAUUGAAUUAACAGAAAAGGCGGAAAGCUUGAAAACUUAUUCACAUUUUUUCAAAACAUGUUUUAGAUAUCCAUGCUUUGAAUAAGCUGUUUGUCUCUCGUCAAUUUCAUUUAAACAUCAUUUGUCAAUUGUUUUAUCAGUCAUUGUGUUUUGAAAUAUGUCUGCGUUGUAUUCAUGGCUAGAAGAAAGUGUAUGAUAGUCAUUUGCAAUAGACUUGUUGAUUGUAUUCAUACUGAUUGUGUGAACGUUUGUGUGUAUAUAUGUGAAUUGAAUAGACGUAUAUUGUUUUAAAUUUACGACAAAGGCGGGAAUUUAGGUAUUAUAUACAUACUUUGUUGUUCUUUGUUUUAUUUAUUUAUAUUGUAUGUACAUAAGAUAUCAGAGUAAUUUCGUUGGUUCAUCAAUGUAAAUAAUGACCGAUCGAAAUAUUUGUUUCACGUUGUUAUGUUGGUCAUUUUAAUAAUGAGAGUAAAGUAAACAGAAUUUACUCAUUCAAUCAUGGUUUAAAUCUCAUUACAAGUACACCUUUUAAAUGUACGUUUGUAUAGGUAUCUUAUGAAUAAGAAAUAUUAUAUAUUAUAUUCAAAGAAAAAGCUUUAAAUGAAGUACAACGAAUUUUUUUGAUCAAAUGAAAAGAUCAAAUUUAAUGAAUUUUGAUCAAAUCCCUCAACAAAUUUGGCUGUAGAUCAAAAUCAUCAGGUUGCACAUUUCAUAAUUAUGGCUUUUUAAUGGUCAUACAUUUCAUAGCACAAUAUUAUGCUUGAAGUUGUUUCAUAGGUCAGAUUUAUUUUUUGUGUCAGAUAUCAAAAUCAUUACAGUAGUUUGAUUCUUAUGUUACCGACUGGUCGAUUGUUUUUAAGGCUGUCAGUGGAGAUAUUAUGUACCUGGGUAUUAGGAUUUCUAAAAAAAAAAAGAAAUACUUGGUUUGGGCGCUAUUGCUGAAUUGGUGUCACAGGUUACAAUAUUCAUUCAAUUAAUUCUAUCUUUGUGUUGUAUUUUGAAAACCAUUUUACUAAACCAUGAAAAGCAUGAUUUAUGAAGUUAACCCACUUGCUGUUAGAAACCGUGCUAGAUUAUCUGAAAGAAACCAUCAGAAAUAUGUAAGAAAAAUACUUCAAUUUGAUAAAAACCAAAAUCAAUUAAAGCUUCUAGUUAUGUUGCUGUUCACCAUUAUGAUCAAUAUUAUUUCAUUUUGUGGACUUGUUAUUGCUUAAGUUUUCCAUAGUUGAACGCCAAUAUGCAUUUAUUUCUUCAUCGAUAAAUCUCCAUUCCAUGUUAAGAGCCUUGGAUCUGUAAAUUUUAAUGAAGAUCUUGAAUUUCAUUUAUUAGCUAGAAAUUGAGAAUAGGUUCCUGAAAUUGUGAACAAUUGUGUUUUGAACAUGUAGCUGUAUUUUCCAGAUAGAACAGAAUGUGUAGUCUAAAAAAUAAAUUCAUUUAAGAGAUGCAUAUUUUCUAAACAAUAAUCUUUCAACUAAUUGAUAUGUUAUAUUGUUUUCCUAUCCAAAAAAUGUGAACUUUUCCAUUUAUUUUAAUUUGUAAGGCAAUGCCAUUUUUAUUUGCAUUCCUGGUCACCAUGAUAUAACUGUGGUACUGAUGAAAACAGCAUAACCCCCAAUCAACAAUUAUCAGGUACAGGUUUCACACUCAACUUAUCUGAUGAUUAAUGUAUUGUGCUUAUUUGUAUUACAUGUUAUGUUUUAUGUCAACUUUGCAUCAUGCAUUUCCUUUGAUCUUAUUGGAAUUUUGUUUUCUUCAUUCGUUUGUUACAAAAUGCCUUUUUGUUACAAAAUGCCUUUUGUCUUCUUUGAUUUAGAGACUUUAACAACAAUAUACAUUAUCUAUUUAUAUUUGCUUUGAGCAAAGGGGAUUGAGCUGGAACCUAUUUUUGCGGACAAUUGUUUUUAAUGAACCAUGUUUUAAAAUUUGAUAUGCUGUCUGUCCUUGAUAUUUUGUAAAUAAAUAUGUACAUACUGUG